AUGGUAGUGCCCCCUUCGCAUACAACCUCCCAGAAACAACUCUCGGACCAGAAGAAGCAUAAGCGCACCCGGAGCGGCUGCUUCACCUGCCGUUCGCGCCGGGUCAAGUGCGACGAGAACCGUCCAGUCUGUGAACGGUGUAGGAAAGGGAACCGCGAUUGUGUCUAUCCGUCACCCACCGCAUCGUCGUCCGCAUCGUCCGUACCCUCGAAACCUAGCUCACGCUCCACAGCCAAGUCGCGUGCAAGUCGCCCGCACUCUCACGGCAGUGAUUCAUCCUCGAAGGUAGACUCCGAGUCUCUCAGCCCUUUGCAUCCCAUCAUCGACGAAGAGGAACCCGACAGUUCUGUAUCCGAAUCCCGACCGUCGCCAGCAAGCGCCACAACCACAUCACAGCCGGACCUGCGUAAGAGUCAAAGCGCACAAUCACUUCGGAAACAUGGUGCAAGACCCGCGUCCGACACUAGUUCUUACAUCAAAGAACAGAGUAGUUCGCCAUCAACUGGGUCACCGCGCUUUGAGUCGGUGAGUGUGCGCUCGGGCAGCCUUGGACAUUCCACAACCGAACUGCUCAACAACGCACGCCUACCGGACGAUUUGCGAUUCUAUUUAAAUUUCCACCAGGAUUUUAUGACUCCUCCGCAUUUCUUCUUGCGACAUAAUUCUUCCUAUUUCAUCCACCACAGUCUUAUCGAACUUGCAUUGCAAUAUGAGCCUCUCCUCUACGCCCUGGUGGGCUUUUCGGCCUACCACUAUUCUUUACACAGCCCUGGGGGGAAGCUCUACACAUUUUUGAAAUACUAUAAUAAAGCCUUGACUCUCCUACGAAAAUCUUUGAGUUCUGGAGAGGAGCACAGUGAGGCUACACUAUGUACUGUUCUAGUUCUGACAACCUUUGAGGAAUUCAUUGGCGACUGGAUGAAUAUGAUCGAUCACCACCAGGCGGCACAUGCAUUCAUGCGAAAGCUAAUCACACCAGAGUCUGCCAACAUGAACGAGCUACAUACCAAUAUCUUCUUAUGGUACGCGCGCUUUGAUGUAGUCGUGGGGAUUUUGUCCGGCACCGAAACAGUCCUCGGUCGAGAUUGGUAUCUUGCAAAGGAGCAGCAUGAUGCCGAGCAAGCCGCUUUCUAUCCGGAUGAUCCAUCCAAACAACUCGCCCUUGUAGCAUCAAUCAACCGACGAUUCGGCUUGGAUAUGGCUUCCCUCUAUGCGAAGUUAUCUCGCGGCAUGUUAUCAAUGGAACAAUUCGCCAUUCAGAACGACCAGCUGGGCCAAUGGCUCGAGCAGGCCAAGACGAUUCUUAGGGGAUUCGAUGAUUACGAAUACAAGAUCCAACAUUACCCGCAGAAGCAACCCUUGACCGAAGAUGACGUUAUCGAUCCAUACGUCCCAGGUGUCUUGUAUCGAGGUCCUUUGUGGGAUUUCAACUAUGCUUGGAUAGACAUUCUCGCCACCGAGACAAUGUACAAGUUCCAGACCAUGCAAGUCCUGCAGCAGCCUUUGCUUGAAGACUUGCAAACAUUGGCUAAGGAGCAAUGUCGCAUAAUCGAGACGAUGAUUCGCUGGCCUCACAAGGAAAACGGAUAUUGCAUCAACUUUAAAAACAGCCUUGGCAUGUUGGGCAUGUUCCUACCCACGGAGCAUCAGCAUAAGUAUCAAAUGUGGGCCCGACGCACAUUAGCGUUGUUAGAGCAACAUGGGUACAUCAUCGUCCCUAGUUUCCGCGCCGGGCUAGCUGCCAUCUGGCAAGUUCCAGAGGUUAACUAUUGGUGGCUCCCUAACGAUGAAGGGUAUACAAGCAUUGUCCGCGAGAUUCGCUCCUUGACCGACGAACGCUCAACACAGCCACGCGAUGAGAAACGUGAGACCGUUCGUGAUAUGAAGUCCCUCUUCGGGAAGUUGAAUCUGGAUGAAACCGACGACGACAAAAGCCCACCAUAG